GGAGGAAAAGGGGAAGGCCAAGAAGCUCUGGAAUGCUGAUUGAAACAGCACUGGAGACAAACACUGUGCAAGAACAUCCUGGUAAGACUAGAGACAGAAAAGAGAGUGGAACUCCAGCAGAUCUGGCCAUGGAGGGGCAUCACCAGCAACAAGACUUGGAAGAUGCUGGUGAUAUCAGACCACGUGGGCUGUCAGCAAAGAGAGGUUCUGGAAGUCCUCCAGUGCUGGAAGACAGCAAGGCUGUCCCUGAAACAAAUACUUCUGGCCUAUUGGGUGGAGAAGACUCAGGCACGACAAAAAGGUUGUCUCAGAAGAGGAAAAGUGCUGAUUUGCUCCUUCAGACUUCAGCAAAAAGAAAGAGAGUGUCUUUUGGUGGCCAUCUGAGUCCAGAACUUUUUGAUAAAAGUUUGCCUCCCAACUCUCCCCUUAAAAGAGGAGCUCUUCCUGCCAGGCUGAGCUUGCCCUAUGGAACCUCACCUCGUGCUGUGCUGAAAAAGGCUCAGGGAUUGAAGCUCUUCACAGACCAG